AUGGCGAGAAUAUUUUUACUUUUCCUCCCAGGUCUGGUCACCAUCUGGACUGUGCAGGGAAUAUUCAUGGACAGACUUGCUUCCAAGAAGCUCUGUGCAGAUGACGAGUGUGUUUAUACUAUUUCUCUGACCAAAGCUCAAGAAGAUUACAAUGCACCGGAUUGUAGAUUCAUUGACCUCAGAAAAGGGCAGCAGAUUUAUGUUUAUUCAAAGCUGGCGAAAGAAAAUGAAACUGGAGAAUUUUGGGCUGGCAGUAUCUACAGUGAUGGCCAGGAAGACAAGAUGGGGAAUGUGGGCUAUUUUCCCAGCACCUUGGUCCACGAGCAGCAUGUGUAUAAAGUGGCCACCAAGGAACUUCCCACCACGGAUAUGGACUUCUUCUGUGAGUAG